AUGGAGAGCACGGUGGAGGAAGCGGCGAGGGAGAGGGUUAAUCACGUGAUUUUCAACAACGAUGGUGAUUGGCUAGUUUUCACGGCGAACCUCGGUGGUAUAACGGCGGAGCCGGUGGCGAUGCCAAACCAGUUUCAGCCGUACGGGGACUUGUAUGUUGUGAAAGUGGACGGAACGGCUGACGUGGAAUGGGAUUUGGGACCGUUUGUGCGGAAAACGUUCGGUACGGGAAAACUGGAGACUCUUCUUCAGCAUCUCAAGUUCUUCGCGCGAUCUAAGGAAUCGGAGAUCGAGGAGGUGUGUAAGGCUCACUAUCAGGAGUUUAUCCACGCCGUAGACGAUCUCAAGUCGCUUCUCUCAGAUGUUGAAUCUCUCAAAUCUGCGCUAUCCGAUUCGAAUUCUAAACUCCAGUCCGUCGCAGGGCCGCUUCUCUCGACUCUCGAUUCGCUUGUUGAGGCGCAGGUGUGUCGAAGAACGUCGAUCUGGCGGUUGGAGCCGUGA